AUCCGGGUAUCCGCGCAACAGGUUUAAAAGCCAGAGUCAUCGCUGCCACCGCAGUACAAGAAGUCUGGCUAAUUUUAGUUACCCGUUUUUAUUUUAAAAGUAGCAUUCGUGGAGAGAGAAUCGGUAAAAACAAAGGAACUCUCGAUUAGCGAAGAAAGAAAAAAAACAUGUUUCGUUUAUUAGCUCGGCAAGCUAAGAAAAAUCCAGGACUCAUCCCACAAUUCCUUUUUAUCAGCCUGGGACUGGGUGGGGCCUCCCUCUAUUUGGUUCGUCUUGCGGUCAGCCCCUACGUGGUCUGGAACAAGAAGAACAAUCCAGAACCAUGGAGCAAACUUGACCCCUCCUACCAGUACAAGUUUGUGGCAGUCACCACUGACUACAAAAACCUGAAGAAGGACGGGCCUGAUUACUAAAGGUUUCCACGGCAACUCGCAAGCACACUUCACUGAGGAAGGCCACCUUGUCGCCAUAGCGAAUUACAAAGCAUUCCCCUUGCAGUCUUGUCUUAAAAAAAUGAGCUCUCAGCGUUUCUGUACAUCAGAUGCUUUUAAUUAAAUGCAACAUGCCAAACCUGCUGUAUGAAGUGCCUGAAUUUAAAUGAAUAAACUGUUGAGGUAAAACUUUAA